AUGGAGUCACGCGAUGGAGCUCCAACUAUUGAACAACUGAACAUUCAUGCCAGUCCAUCCGAGAUCGAGGCCCCGGACAAACUACCGGACGAUUCAUUGGAGGGGUUGCUGUUAGGUCAUCUGCUGCCCACUGAAUUUCAGGCAUACGAACGGGCCAAAUUCAAUUCUUUUGUUCAUGCUAAGAAUAUCAAUUGUCGCGAUUUCAUCCUCCAACUGAAUAAGCAGCGUUUAAUCGGGAAGUGUUCCAGCAAUUUUGGAGGCAUGAACGUUCAGCCGGCCAAAUUGGAAGUUGACGGUGAGCCGAUUUUCAUGAAGCGGCGUGUAAUCCCAUAUGAUCAACGUGAAGGUGUAUUGAAGGCCAUCGAGAAAAUGGAGCGAUAG